CACAUCACACUGAGCUACUCACAAUCUCGUAAACCCUCUCCGCCGUUGUGAUUCACCUCUCCGCCGUCGUGAUUCGCCUCUCCACCUCCGCGGUUACAUUCUAUCUCUCCACUUCCGUGCGAUUCAGCGUCUGGUUAUCCGCUUCAAACGAUUCAACCGUCAUCUCUUCUUGCUCAGCUCAGCAGAAGAGAGAGAGUCUGCCAAGCGCUUGUGUUUAAAACCCCUCUCACAGACUCACACUCAGCCAAGCCAUGGUUCUUCUACAGCUAGAUCCAUUUCUCAAUGAGCUCACCAGCUUGUUUGAGCGCAGCACUGAGAAGGGCUCUGUUUGGGUUACCCUUAAACGAUCAUCCCUGAAAUCCAAAGUGCAGAGGAAUAAAUUGGCCACUGCUGGUGAAGCAAUUGAGUAUAGAUGCCUUAUCCGUGCCACUGAUGGGAAAAAGACCAUUUCUACUUCAGUUGGACCAAAGGAUCAUCAGCGCUUUCAGGCUUCUUAUGCAACUAUAUUAAAGGCCCACAUGACUGCUCUAAAAAAGAGAGAAAGGAAGGACAAGAAGAAAUCUGCAGAGGCUGAUAAAAGAGAAGGGAGUUCAAAGAGGCCAAAGAAAGCCUUAAAAGUAUGAUUUUUCAUCAGGAGGAUGCUCCACACUGCUUUUUUGUCGGUUGCAUUUUCAAAUUCAAAUUUAGAACUGAAGUGAAAGGGGAUAAAAAAGAAGAUAAGGAUUUUGAGAUAAUUUUCGCAUUUUAAAGCAAGAUUAAGGGCAUGUAAUAGAUAUAUGCUUUAGACUACUGUUCAUACUUCAUAGAGUUGGCAAUCUGUGAAAAUUUUCCUUCAGUUCACUUGGAGGUUAUAAAGUGAAUCUUUUAGGAUAGAUUUCUUUUCCCAAUUUAUAUGUUGCAUGAUUAAAUUCA